GGAUUCACCAUGUAUUACAUCCUCUGAAGAAAAAAAACAAAAAGAAACACUUACAUAAGAAACUACCCUUCAAACACUUAAUAUCAAGAGAUGGCUACUGUUGCCAAGGAGCUACCAAAGGUGUACACAGAGAACACAUGGAUGGAGGAGAGGAACGGCGAUAGGGGCAUGCUUAAAUACCCGAGAGAGCUCGACAUUACUAAUGUUGAUGACGGUAAAUCCUGGGUCUGGCACUCCCUGGUCUUCGGAAGCAUCGGUAGAUUGGGGAUGGAGGCACCGAAACUGAUGGGGGCGACGCACGUGGAGAUCCGUGGAGACUUCAAGAUGUCCAAACUGACACCGGGUCUCAAGUAUCAGGCGGUGCUACUGUGCAUGAAGACUGACGGUAACGAAGGGUGGGAUUCCUGCCCUCUGAACGUAGAGCUUAACCUACCCGACGGAACCACACAAAAACGCGAGGUGGACCUGACCAAAUUCCCAACGGAUGAGUUUGUGAUGAUGGUGCUCGGUUACUUUGAGGCCGUUGAGAGCGGCGACAUCACUUUCUCCGUCGUUGACACCUCAGACUGCGUGAAGAAGGGAUUCGUUGUUAAGGAUGCUGCCCUCCGUCCACUCCCCCGUUGAUCUCCUAUAUAUAUUGUGAACGAACAUUUGAUAAGAGUUAAUAAUGAACGAUGAUUGAUGAUGAUGAUGAUGAAGAUCGUGCAUAUAUAUAUACUCCAGCUCAAUCUCCUCUUGUAAUAUUGAUUAAUAUUACCAAAUAAAAUGGAGUUUUUGUUUUAUUGUUC